AUGCCUGGUACAGACAGAAGAGAUAUGCAAGAGAAGCAACUUUUGAACUGCACAGCUGAAAAGGAACAAAAACUGUUACCUGGGAGAAGCAACCGUGCUGGAAACCUGUCUCAAUCUGAGAAGAAACUCCAAGAGGCUAUUUGUGUGCUGUUGGUGGAGCUGUGUGAGAGAUUCACAUUCUUUGGUAUUGUCUGCAACAUGAUCCUCUUCUGCACUGUCAAACUUGGCUAUCGCAACUACCAGGCAGCUAUUGUCAACAUGUGCUUUGUAGGCACCUCCAUGUUGACGCCAGUACUGGUUGGCUGGCUUGCCGAAUGCCUUGUGGGAAGGAUCAAGCUUGUGUGCAUCUGCAUGUUUCUACACUUCCUAGGCACAGCACUAUUACCCUUUGUGGCAUUCCCCUUUGAAGAUAUUUACAUUGACAAACGGCAUAUUCUUCAUACACUAACCAAAAAGGAGCAGAAAAUAGUAUUCUACUUUGCACUACUCACAGCUAGCCUGGGAAUAGGAGGCAUAAGAUCUAUAGUUUGUCCAUUAAGUGCAUACAACCUUGAGGACUGUGGACUGAAGGAACUACUUUCUUUCUUCAACUGGUUUUAUUGGCUGGUUAACUUAAAUUCAGCAGUUAUCUUUGUCAGCAUUUCAUAUAUCCAGCAAUCUGUGGCCAGGAACCUUGGUUUUCUUAUCCCAUUGGUGUCUGUGCUUAUGGCUAUGAUCACAAUUCACAUGGUGCGGGGUGAAAUGAUUUACAAACCCAAAACAGAGAGUUCCCUGCUGACAACUUUUGGAGUGAUUGCUAGUGCACUGAAAACGUGCUGCAUGCGAUACCGCUACUUUAGCGGAAGUGUGACAAACUGGCUAGAUCACGCUAAGGAAAACUAUGGUGGUCAGUACAGUGAGACUCAGGUGGAAAGUACAAAGGCGCUCACCAGGCUCUUCCCGUUGUAUGCUUUCCAAAUUCUAUACAGAACAUGUAUUAUGCAGAUUCCUUCAGGAUAUUAUCUCCAAACCAUGAAUUCCAACUUGCACUUCAGUGGAUAUGUCUUGCCAGUUGCUGCAAUGAAUGUGAUAAGCAUCGUGCCACUACUGAUUCUUGUUCCUAUUUUGGAAUGCAUUAACUCAUGUCUCUUUAGUUCCAAGGACAGUAGACAUUUUCCAACAAUUUACAUUGUUGUAGGUCAGUUAUCUGCUGCACUUUCUGUGAUGGUUGCUGGCUUCUCUGAAAUACACCGAAAGCAUUUCCCUCGGGUGGAGCAGACACUUUCUGAGGAGGUUCUUCUGGUUUCCUCCAUGCCAUGCUUUCACUUAGCUCCUCAGUACAUCCUCCUUGGAGUGGCUGAAGCCUUGGUUACUCCCUCCU